UCAGCAGCGCGCAGCCGGGCCGAAGAGGUGGGACCGCCGGGCCGCCACUGUUUAUAGCAGAGUGUGUGAAAAAGAAAAAAAUCAGUAGAUUUAUCAUAAGAGUCAAGUAGGUUGAUCAAGGUGCGCGUAAUGGACGGAGAGAGAACACAGCGGACAGAAGAGCGCGCGGCAGCUAUCAUGGACGUAAAUGAUGUCAAGACACGUGAGCAUGAACUGGUGCCCCACAGAGGCUUCACGCUGAUCAGCGGGACUCACGAUCCGGACGAAGUGGACCAGAUUUACAACCUGAAGAUCAGAGACUCAGACGUGUUUGUCGUCACAUACCCAAAAUCAGGCACCAUCUGGAUGCAGCAGAUCCUGCUGCUCCUCCAGGCGAAGGGAGAUCUGGCAGCCAUCAGCCAGCUCAACAGCUACAGCAACGCUGACCUGGUCCCCUGGAUCGAGCUGAUUGGCAGCAGACAGGCGUUCAUCACGGCGCCGUCCCCCCGGCUUAGGGUCACCCAUCUGCAGUUCCACCUAAUGCCUGCUGCUCUGAGCCAGAAGAAGGGCAAGGUGAUCUACGUGGCAAGAAAUCCCAAAGAUGUCCUUGUGUCUUACUUCCACUUCCACAAGCUUGCAAACAUGUUGGAAACGCCGAAGGAUUUUGAUGACUUCUUUGAGAAAUUCAUGAGAGGAGACGUGUUUGGGUGCAGCUGGUUUGAGCACAUUAAGACUUGGUACUCACACAAGGAUGAUAUGAGCAUGCUGUUCAUCACUUAUGAAGAAAUGAUUCAAGACCUGCAGUCGGCAGUGGAGAGGAUCUCGGUGUUCCUGGGCGAAGAGCUGAGUGCUGAGCAGCUGGCCAGCGUGGUGAAACACAGCACCUUCAGCAACAUGAAGAAGAUCCCUCAGGCCAACUACGAGCAGGUGUCAGGGGAGCUGCUCAGCCACCAGCAGGGGGCCUUCAUGAGGAAAGGCACCAUCGGGGACUGGAAGAAUCACUUCACCGUGGCCCAGAACGAGAGGUUUGAUGAGCUCUUCCACAGAGAGAUGGGGGACAUUCCUCUGCAUUUCAUCUGGGACAUCAGGGACAUUGAGUGAUCAGCUGUUGGUCUCAUGGCAACACAAAGACGAAGACAGUCGCCGCUGCAGCUUCAUGAACACUGUGCUAUACAGAAGAAAAAAAAAAAAACA